GAAGCUCCGGAUCCAAAGUGGGAGCCAAGGAAAGCGCUGAAGAGAACUUAGCUUUCAUUGAAUAGUUUACUUGUUCAUUUAGCGUGUGGACACUGAAAUGAAUCACAUGCGGUGCAAUCGUUUUUGAGAUGUAUUUGCUUGACAUUAUAGUUUUUUUUAAUUUAAAAUUGUAAUCUUCUCGAAAUGUUAAGGCAUCAUCAUCAGUGGACUACUACUACAACAAAACAAAGCAGUCAUCUUUUUUCUUGCUCCAGUCUGGGGGCUAGUCGAGUUUAAGGGAAACACAUUUAGACUUUUUGGGCUUUAGUACCCCUUAUUUGGGAGCUUAUUUGCUCGCCCAAAUUAUUUGAAUGGGUCAGAAUUUACUCGUUGGAGAAAGCUUUGGAUUCGUGUCUAUGGAAUAGAAAUAGCCUACUGAAUGGAGACCUACAUGAACUCGAGGAGCAAAGUUAAGCAAGAAAUGCCGCCGACAAUGACUACCGCGACUAUGUUCACUAUUAUAUUCUUCAUUCAAGUUCUUGCAGUGCAUGGGGUCUCCUUUCACUUCACCAAGGAACCAAAGUCCCAGGAUGCACUGCACGGGCGUAGUGCCAUGCUGCGCUGCGAGGUCAGCGAGUCAGAAGACAUGAGCUAUAGCUGGCUUCAGAAUGGCCAGGCAGUGGAUGACUCGGAACGGCGUUUUCAGGAAGGCCCCAACCUCAAGUUCACCGCUGUGGAUCGGACAUUGGAUGCUGGAAACUUCCAGUGCCUGGCACACAGGAAUUCCACUGGUGAAGAGGAGCGCUCUACAAAUGCAUCGUUCAAUAUUAAAUGGUUAGAGAGCGGGGAUGUGACCCUGAAGGAGCCUGCGACUGAGCAGGAGAUUCAGAGCUCUGCCCCCGUCAUGCUCAGGUGCAACAUUGAUGGGCACCCAAGGCCAACGUGCCAUUGGUACAGAGAUGGCAUACGUCUGCCAGAGAGGACACACCAGAUCAACAACAAGGAGCGCACCCUCACACUACCCAGUGCCAACCCCGAAAACAAUGGCCUGUACUACUGCUGCGCCAAGAACGCCGCUGGCCAUGUCUGCAGCAACGCCAACUUCACCCUCAACAUCAUAGAUAAGAGCUACCCUCAGCCCGUGGUCUCCCCAGAGGACGUGGUGGUCCUGAGGAACGAGGAGGCUCUCCUGCGCUGCCAGUUCUCUGCGGAGCCCCCACCCACGAUGGAGUGGUACCACGAGGACGAGCUUGUCGCCAACAAGUCACGCUUGGUUUUAUUGGCCAAUGGCUCUCUGCUGAUCACCCAAGUGAAGCCUCGGAACAUUGGUCUCUACAAGUGUGUUGCCAAAGGCCUUAGUGGUCCCGCUGUUACUCUGAAGGCCACUGUUCGGUUAGCAGAAAUUGAGGACAUGGGCUCUGGUAUAAGCCAUGUCUUCACCGACGACACCCCACAGCGCAUCCCCUGCCGGUCCCCUCGCGGCUACCCGGAACCCGAUGUGUGGUGGGAGCGUGACGGGAAGAAGGUCGCCGACGAGGGCCGGGUGCACCAAAGCGGCCUGUCCCUGGUCUUCAACCCUAUCUUGAGGGAGGACUCGGGCACCUACAGCUGUGUGGCACAGAACAAGGCUGGGACCAAGAGGCGGGAGCUGACCAUCACUGUGGCCACUGCUCCAGAGUGGGUGGAGAAGCCUGUGGACACCGAGAUGCAAGAAGGCCAACCGGGCUACCUGCACUGCCACACCCAGGCCACACCUCAGCCCCAGGUCACCUGGUACCGCAACUUUGCCCCCCUCAGUGCCGAGGACGUUCGUUAUAAGCUGUUUCCCAAUGGGACCCUGAGGAUCAACACGGUGGAGGUCUAUGACAGUCACAUGUACACAUGCCAGAGCCAGACAGAAGGGGGCAGACUGGAGGCCAGAGCCCGGGUCUUGGUACUGGAGAAGCUGAAGUUCACCCCGACCCCCCAGCCCUCUCAGUGUCUGGAGCUGGACACGGAGAGCACGGUGCAGUGCUCUGCCAAGGGCCGCGAAAACCCCACCAUCCUCUGGGCUCUAGCAGACGGCAGCGAACUGCCUGCCCAUGUGUUCCAGAAUGGCGGCGCUCUCCACUUCACCACAGUGACGCGGGCUGACAGUGGCAACUACACGUGCACGGCCACCAACCACCUGCAGGGCCAGAUCAAAGCAGCCGUGCAGCUCACAGUGGCAGUCUACAUAGUGUUCAAGCUGGAGCCAGAGAACACAACAGUGUACCAGGGCCACACAGCCAUUCUCCACUGCCAGGCCACAGGCGACCCUGCUCCCUUCAUCCAGUGGAAGAAGAAGGACAAGUUCCUUGAACCCAGCAAGAGCAGGUUCCAGAAGAUGCCCAAUGGCUCUCUGGUCAUUCACGAUGUAAGCAUGGAGGACACGGGGAGCUACACUUGCAUUGCAGGCAACAGCUGCAACAUUCGUCACACCUCUGCCCAGCUCUACGUCGUAGAGAAGCCAGUGCACCACUCUCUGGAGGAGGAGGAAAGGGCGCCCUACAAAAUGAUCCAGACUGUUGGACUAUCGGUGGGCGCUGCCGUCGCCUACAUCAUCGUUGUGCUCGGGCUGAUGUUCUACUGCAAGAAGAGACGCAACGCCAAAAGGCUCGACAAGGGGCCGGAGGGAGAGGAGGCAGAACACCUCAACGGGGGCAGUGCACAGCCCAAUGGGCAGGCCACAGCGGAGGUCCAGGAGGAGUUGGCUCUCACCAACAUGGGCGGUGGUGCCAGCGGCAACAACAAACGACACAGCAGCCAGAACCCUGAGAAGCUGCUGUACCCCCGAAGCAACCUGACCACCAUCACCACCCUAGGUAAAGGUGAGUUUGGGGAGGUCUUCCUAGCCAAAGCUAAGGGCCUGGGGGGAGGGGGAGGAAAAGCGAGUGAGGACGAGGAGGAGACGGUUGUCCUGGUGAAGAGCCUGCAGACGCGGGACGAGGCGGCUCAGCUGGAGUUCCGGCGCGAGGCCGAGAUGCUGGGCAAGACAAGCCACCCCAACCUGGCUCGCCUGCUGGCCAUGUGCAGAGAGGCCGAGCCCCAUUACCUGGUCCUGGAGUACGCCGACAUGGGUGAUCUGAAGCAGUACCUCAAGCUGGCAAAAGCCAAGGAGGAGAAGCCCAAGUCCCAUCACCUCAGCACCAAGCAGAAAGUGGGAGUCUGUCUCCAGGUUGCCCGGGGGAUGGAGCACUUGUCCAAUCAGCGCUUUGUUCACAAAGACCUGGCCACGCGCAACUGCCUGAUCAGCGCCAAGAGACACGUCAAAGUGUCUGCCCUGGGACUCAGCAAGGACGUCUACAACAACGAGUACUAUCACUACCGCCAGGCCUGGAUCCCGCUGCGCUGGCUUCCGGCCGAAGCAGUCUUCGAGGACGACUACUCCACCAAGACAGACGUGUGGUCCUUCGGCGUGCUCAUGUGGGAGGUGUUUAGCCUGGGGGAGAUGCCCCACGCCGUGCUGGCUGACGACAAGGUCCUCGAAGAGCUGAGGGAGGCCAAAGGGAAGCUGCCCCUGCCUCAGGGCUGCCCCUCCCGAGUGUACAAGCUCAUGGUACGCUGCUGGGCGCCCAGCCCCAAGGACCGGCCCUGCUUCAGCGACAUCGUGGGAACCCUCUGCGAGCUGCCCUCCGAGAGCAAGGUGUGACAUGGGAUACACCCCCGGGAAAUCCAGAGUCUGACAGUGUGUGUGUGUGAGAGAGACAGAGAGUUGGUGUGUUCCUACAAAUGUAUUCAUUUCCUAAUAGGGACACCUGUGUGAAAGGUAAUGUUUUACAUACAAUUUUUGUUUAUGUAGUUUAUGUCUGAUAUGUUUAUCUGUGAUUGCGGAAGCGGCCUGAGUGUGGACUAAAGUACUAGACGCGUGAUGUUCUGCGUGUGGCGUUAGUGUGCAUCAGUGUGUCUGUAAUGAACGUCUGCUUGUAUGUUUGUGUAUUUGAGUGUGUGUGUUUCUGUGACUACUUAUCUCGCUACACACUCAUGGACUUUCAUUCAAGGCUUUUCCAGACGAUAUCUGAAUUUUAAUUGGGUGACUCAGAGUUUAUUGAUGAUUGAUUUCUGAAGCCUUAUUGCCUUAUACAGUACAUUUUAUUCAAUAGCUGAGGUAAUCUGGGCAAUAAAACAUAUUUGGCAGCAGUAAAAAUGUGUGUGCAACUCACGGGGCCGUGGAGGAUUCAAUCAACCCAGUCUGUGCCGUGAAGGUACUACCUCUUGCUGGAGAAAUGCAUCAUCGCCCACUAAGAUUUUUGGGGACCAGGAAACAACCAGCUGAAUUUUAUUAAAACUUUUCACAGACCCUGUUCUACAUGCAUCAAAACAGUAUUUCCAAAACAUUUAAACCUGUAAAUUGGGGCUGGGAGGGAGAUGAUCUGUAACCUGUUUAAAAUAAUAUACCAUAAGUCAGUGAAUUGUUUGAACGCACCUGCUACCUGUCUUGUCAGCCGGAUCGGUGAGUGAAUAAAGAUGUAUAUGAACCAACCAGAAGUACUGUUUUGGGGCCCAGGUACUUAAUACAUGUUUGUUGCUUUGUUUGUUAAAUAUUGUAGGUAAGUCAACCUACUCAGAAACACGUUUUGUUACACUCCUAUAAUGUGUGAAUAUCACUUCUUUCCUUUUGUCUUACAAUCUUAGCCACCGUUUUGAGAAAGUUACAAUGCCUUAUCUUUUUUUCAUUAAAAAAAAAAAGAAUUCCAGGCUUCCAUCAACUGUGACCUGGCAAACCAGUCUGAUUGCUACGCUCACCCUUUAUCUUCACUUUACUUAGUAAGGCAAGCCUUCCUCUGAAAAUGGUGUCCGUCAAUGCGCGUGGUCACAGAAAUAAUGUUUCUUUCGGUUUCAGUGUUGGACCAUCAGAAAAGAAAAACAAAAUUGUCAUAAAACCACACAAGUGCAAGGGACAUUUGGCUGAAGGAGAAAAGCCAGACAGAUUGGUAAAGUGAAACUGAAUGUGAGCUGAGAACAUCAGAAUAUGUGCCAAUGUAAACUGGGAGACACCCAGUCCUCUACAUCUAGAGGCCAAAGUUAUACACCUUAUCUAUUUUCCAAUGUACUCAUGCUUAAAGCAUGCACUGACUAAACUAAAAUGUUUGUGAUGUAGAAGGAUUAUAUCAAGAACCUGCUAAUUUAUGUUCAAGGUUCAGUUUUUUAUACUUUAUAUUUACUGUACAUAAAGGUACCAUGUUUCUUUGACAUACAUUUUCCAUGUGCUAGGUAUUUUAUACACUUUUUAUGAGACAACAGGAAAUGUGGCUAACAUAAGUGGCAAGACAUUUUAGUAAAAUUAACCUGAGGUGACAUUUUGGAAGUUUUGUUCAAGUGCCUGGUCAAUGAAGGACUUUAUAUAAAAUUUGUUGCUGUUUUUUAUAUUAAAUUGUUUUAACUUGAAUAGCAUUUUCAUACAGUACAUUUACAUUAGGUUUCUGUUUUAAUAUAUGCUAUUCAUCUUACUUAAAUUGGCUCAACAACAUUUUAAGAAACAUUUGUAUUGGUUCUAUUUUAAGUAUGUUUAUAAAAACAAAUAUUGUUGCCAUGGUCUGGCUAAUAAAUGUCAUUUUUGUAUGAA